GGUCUUCUCCACUUCUUCAGUGCACAGUGUAAUUGUACACUGAAAAUUCCUCCCUUGUUUGCUCUAUUUUACUCUCUUGCUAACAAUGUCAGAACGUGGACGUGGUCGUGGUUACCGAGGCGGUGCUUCUGGUGGCGGUAGAGGCGGUGGUGGUCGAACACCGCCGUCUUCCGGUGGUCGUGGUGGCCGAGCACCGUCUCCUUCCGGUGGCCGUGCUGGUGGUAGUGGCGGAGGCUGGCCGUCUGCUCCUGGUGGUCGUGGUCGAGGAGGAGGCGGUUACAGCGGAGGAGGAAGCGGCUACAGUGGAGGAGGAGGCGGCGGUGGUUACAGUGGAGGAUCACCAGGAUUCACGUCUCCGCCGUAUCAACAGCAGCGAUCUUCGUCAAUGGCGGGACCGUCGUCAGCGGCGGGACCAUCGUUGAGCCGUGAGGUUGAACAGAAGCUUUCGCUUCAAGCUUCAACAUCUACACAGCCUCCUCCUUCGCCUACGGCGGCUCAGCCUGUGGCUGUGCAACAUUCGGAAGCGGGUCCUAGUGCCCCAAGGCCACUGCCGGCAUCAUCUAAAGCCAUUCGGGUUCCGCGGAGACCGGGUUUUGGUUCGUCCGGGUGGAAGUGUGUUGUGAGGGCUAACCACUUUCUCGUUCAGGUUGCUGAUCGAGAUCUACACCACUACGAUGUUACAAUCACUCCUGAAGUUCUGUCAAAGAAAGUGUGCAGAAACAUCAUCAAUCAGCUGGAUGCAGAUUAUAAAGUUUCACACUUGGGUAAUCUGAGGUUAGCAUAUGAUGGUAGAAAGAGUGCUUACACUGCUGGGCCGCUCCCAUUUGCCUCCAAGGAAUUUGUUGUCAAACUUAUUGAUGAUGAUGGUGGAGCAAGGAGGGAAAGGCAGUUUAAGGUCUCCAUUAAGUUUGCUGCCAAAGUUGAUAUUCACCAUUUGAAGGAGUUCUUGCAAAGUAGGCAGUCUGAUGCCCCACAUGAAACUAUUCAGGCUUUGGAUGUGGUGCUGCGGUCAAAGCCAUCAGUGGAUUAUGUAGUAGCGGGACGGUCUUUUUUCGACAAGAGUUUCGGAUUUGGGAGACUUCCUGAGGGGCUGGAAUACUGGAAAGGGUAUUAUCAGAGUCUUCGACCAACUCAGAUGGGGCUCUCUCUGAAUAUAGAUAUGUCAGCCAGAGCAUUCUAUGAGCCAUUAUAUGUCAUUGAUUUUAUAAGGCAGUACUUGAAUCUAAGGGAUCCUCAUAGGGGGUUAGCUGAUCAGGACCGUGCGAAGGUCAGAAAGGUUCUGAAAGGUGUUAAGGUGGAGGCGAAUCAUCAAGGUGUCAGACGCUACAAAAUCACAGGGUUGUCUAAUCAACCAGUGAGGGAUAUAACAUUUUCUGUUGAUGGUACUGAAAGAAUGACAUCCAUUGUGAACUACUUCCGAGAGAAGUACAAUAUUGUAGUCCAGUACCCUUUGCUGCCUGCGCUUCAGGCUGGUAGCAAUUCAAAGCCCGUGUAUCUGCCUAUGGAGCUUUGCAAAAUUGUGAAAGGACAGAGGUAUACAAAAGUGUUAAAUGGCAGGCAGGUCGCCGAGAUGCUAAAGGCAACGUGUCAAAGACCUGAAGAAAGGGAAAGAGGCAUUAUGCAGAUUGUGGCAGCUAACAACUAUAAUCAUGACCCAAUGGUGGAAGAUUUUGGUCUUGGAGUUAGAAAUGAACUCACCACCAUCAAUGCACGGGUUCUUCAAGCUCCAACAAUAAAGUAUCAUGGGUCUGGGCAACAUUCAACAGUGGAUCCUGGGGUUGGUCACUGGAAUAUGAUUGAUAAGAAAAUGAUCAAUGGUGGCAGGGUAGAUACAUGGGCGUGUGUUAGCUUCUCCCCACAGGUUGAUCCAGCAUCGUUCAGCCGGCUAGUGAUCGAUAUGUGCCGUAACAAAGGGAUGGCCUUCAGUGCUAAUCCUUUGGUGCCGUUCCGCCAAGCUCACUCUAGGCUGGUUGAAAAGACUCUUGGUGAUAUCCACAGAGAGUCUACUACAGAACUAGCAAGGGGGGGGCAUCCAGUGAAUUACCUUCAGCUGUUAAUUAUUGUUGUUCCCGACGUUCCUGGACAUUAUGGAACGAUCAAGCGUGUGUGCGAAACAGAUUUGGGAAUUGUUUCCCAAUGUUGCCAACCAAAGAAUGCUUUUAGGCCAAAUAGGCAAUAUCUUGAAAACCUUGCUCUAAAGAUUAAUGUCAAGGUGGGUGGAAGAAACUCUGUUCUGGAUCUGGCAGUUAGAAGAAGAAUACCUUAUCUCACUGAUAUUCCCACAAUCGUCUUUGGUGCUGAUGUGACACAUCCGCAACCAGGAGAAGAUUCUAGUCCCUCUAUAGCAGCUGUGGUCGCAUCAAUGGAUUGGCCUGAAAUUACUACAUAUAGGGGCAUUGUUUCUGCACAACCCCAUAGGAAAGAGAUCAUUAUGGACUUGUACACAGAGAAGGAAGAUCCUCAAAAAGGGAUUGUUCGCGGCGGAAUGAUUAUGGAGUUGCUGAAAGAGUUCAAAAAAUCGACAGGUCAUAAGCCUGGUAGAAUUAUCUUCUAUAGAGAUGGAGUCAGUGAAGGACAAUUCAACCAGGUUUUAUUGGACGAAAUGGAUGCAAUUCGCAAGGCAUGCACAUCCCUGCAAGAAGAUUAUUUGCCACGAGUUACCUUUGUGGUAGUGCAGAAGAGACAUCAUACACGGCUAUUCCCUGCUAUGCAUAAUGAUCGUCAAACCACAGACAAGAGUGGAAACAUUUUGCCAGGUACUGUGGUAGAUACCCAUAUUUGCCAUCCUACCGAGUUUGAUUUUUACUUGUGUAGCCACGCAGGGAUCAAGGGUACCAGUCGUCCUGCACAUUACCAUGUGCUCUUUGAUGAGAACAAUUUCACCGCAGAUGCCAUUCAGAAUGUUACUAACUACCUGUGCUACACGUAUGCAAGGUGUACAAGAUCAGUUUCCUUAGUGCCACCUGCCUACUAUGCACAUCUUGCCGCCUUUCGUGCUCGCUACUACAUUGAGGAUGAUGCGGAUUUAAGAUCAACCACUGAUGGGGGAGGAACCAGGGAGCAGAGAGCGACAGAAGUCAGGCCACUUCCUGAGAUUCAUCGGAAUGUGAAGAAUGUCAUGUUUUACUGCUGAACAAUUCCCUGAUCUUCAGAUCACUGAAAUUGUGUAGGAGUUCUUUUGAAUUGAAGUUAUAUUUAUUAUAACAGAUUGUAUACCUUGUUUUUGCAACUGUUAUAUAUUUAUAUUUACUUAAUUUGCUGUAUAUAUUUCGUUUGGCUUCCCAAGUUCCUGUUGGGAGUUAUCUUGUUCUUGGAAGUGUGGUAAAGACGUUUGGCAGAUGAUUAAAUUUAUCUAUCCCGUAUCUAUUACAAAGA